AUGUUCUCUAAGCAGAGCGAAAUUAAAGAAAAGUUCAAGCGUGAAAUGCUUCAAACGCGUCCUAAAGUGCAACGGCGACAUACGACAUCUAACACAAAGCAAAAUAAUGAACCUACUUCAGAAAAACUCACCCGUUCAAACACAGUACCUAGAAAUAAAAAUUCUCGUUCAAAUACAGUACAUAGUGAGCUUGAAGAUGUUCCUAUGCUAACUUCCGAGCCUAAUGCGACAUUACAUAUGAGCCCACCUCAAGCUAUUCAUGAAAUUAAUGAAGGUGUUCCUAUGCAAGAUUUCGGACAAAACCAUUUUGAUAUGAUAUUAUAUACGCACUCACCUAAAACUCAUGAGCAUGAAGAUGUUCUCGCGCAAGCUUCCGGGCAAAACUGUGUUGAUACGAUGAGUUCACAUCAAACUAGUCAUGAUCUUAAAGAAAAUUUUCCUAUGUAUGCUUCCAGGCCAAACUCUGUUAAAACAGCAUUACAUAUGAGCCCAUCUCAAACUACUCAUGAGCUUAAAGAAGGUGCUCCUAUGAUAAUUUCCGGACCAGACUAUGUUAGUGCACCAUUAUAUACGAGCCCACCUGAAGAUGUUCCUAUGCAAGAUUUCGGACAAAACCGUUUUGAUAUGAUAAUACAUACAAGAUCACUUCAAAAUAAUCAUGAGUAUAAAGAUGUUCUUGCGCAAGCUUCAGGGCCAAAUUGUGUUGAUACGACGAGCUCACUUCAAACUAUUCAUGAACAAGGAGAUUUUCCUAUUCAGGCCUCCGGACCAAAUUCUGCUAAUACAGCAUUAUAUAUGAGUCCACCUCAAGCUACUCAUAAACUUAAUGAAGAUUUUCCUUUGCAAGCUUCCGGGCCAAACCCUGUUAAUACGAUAUUACAUAUGAGCCCAUAUCAAACUACUCAUGAGUUUAUAGAAGAUGUUCCUACGCAAAACUAUGCUGAUAUGACAUCACAAACGAAUCAUGGAACUAACCCAAUUGCAUCGAACACCUUACCAAAUCAAGUUAAAUAUAUUGUUCCAAUUAACUCUAUAGAUUCAUACAAUUCAAAUCAUAACAUAUCUAAUCCUUACCUUCAUACAAGUGAAUUGACCACAUCACAUGUUAUUGAUGGAAUUGAGACGAUUUAUGAAGAGGAUCUUGAACGUCUUAAGUGCUUGGAAAACUUUGAAAGUUAUGAAACUAACUUGACCUUGGAUGAAGAAUCUGAUGUUGAAUAUGAUUUGGCAAUUGCAUAUGAAAUAAAUGAUGCCUAUUUUAUGAAAGAAUUAACAUCUAAUGUUGUUAAUCAACCAAAAGUAGUUUAG